CAAUCAGCACAACACAGGCUGCAAAGCCGUAGCCAAGGGAGCACGUACUGGAUAAAUGGUGGUGAUACAAACUGCGGUGUAAUGGCGUCCAGCCAGACUCCUACUCGGUACCAUACGACCCAUGCAGAACAGGUCAGUUUAGGCGCCCCUUCGACGUGACAAGACCUCUCUACGCACCCAGUCUUCGGUCAAAAGGUCCGCUCCAUGGCGAAGCAGCAGCAGCACUGCUUCGUCAUUACCGCGUGCUGCCGCCACAUGUAGUGCUGUCUCGCCAUAGUCAUUGCGGUCGUCGGGGGGCACCGUUUCUUGCAGCAGACGCGCCAGAGUUGGUGCCGCGUCGGGCGUCCGUGCGCAGUCCCACAAGUCAUGCGCGUCAUCGUGUGUUAAAGGCUGCAUGCUUGCGUUGUCGUGUGGUGUGGUGGUGGUCGUUUCUGGCUGGCGAUCUUCUCUCUCUCCUCCCCCUUUCGCCGCCUUAGGCCGUCAUCGUGGUCACCAUUUGAGGAUUUCUGCCACUGACACACACUCGGUCAGCAGGACACAAUAGUUUGCAAUGUGCUUACAGUACUUUCCAUGUUGAAGUGUCCACAAAUAGUUGCCUUUUUCGACUAUCAUUCACUGUAAGCUUUGCCAUCCAGGGAUGGUCCGGUCCUCAGCACUCAAGCUCGCACGGACAAGCGACAGUGAUGUGCCAGAAGCAGAAGGAGAUCAAGAUCCACCUACGUUCUCUCAAUCCCAGUCUCCAGCCGCGCAGACUCUGACGCAUUCCCGGCCUCGUGAGCCGCCGCCAUUGGAGCGCGCCGUGGUCUCGCGCACACGGUUCAACAUCUCGCUACCGACUCCCUCGCCGCUGCCUGGUGCAGGCAAAACCUCCUUAGGUAGCGAAGCUGACCAGCGAGGCUGGAGCAGUCCUCACGGCGAGCCGUACCGGCCCCUGGGUCGCCCCGAACUCAACCUCAAGUUUUCGCCGCAUCUCGUUCACGGAGUUAGCCCUAUGCUGCAGAAUUCUCAACGCAUGCGCGUGGUCGAAGGAGGGGGAGGCUUCGGUAAUGGUGCAACGGGGGCAGGAGCCAGCUCCGAAAAGUAUAAAGAGGUGCGUGAGGCUUCGUCCACCAGUAAUGUGGGGGCAUCGAUUGUGACUCUCGUGGACCAGUUUGUAACGUCGAUGACAAACCGAAAGCGGCAUUCGGAUGAACGGCAACUCAAACUCGCGCAUCGCCUCCAAGCAAAUGUAGAUGGGUUUUCGCCUGGAAGAGUUCGUGGGCUUCAUCGAUGCAAACCGUUUGCACUAGAGUUCGCAGGGGAUGAGCCACAACACUACCACCAAACUCUAUUACACGGUGAUGCAUCUCUUCUCCUACUUCGCGAAGCCAUCGAGGAGGGUACGAGGCGACUGAGAUCAACGCGCAAUGGCUCAAACUUUUUACAUUUGCCUCCGCCUGAAUUUCACGGACUUCACGAGCUCCACGAGCAGUACCUUCGUUCAAGAACAAUAGCACCACAGCCACUGAUGAGCAAUGGGAGCAACAACGGAGGACCUAGAACCAGUCCUCGAAUACUCGUUGGCUCUAAGACGUCACCGAGAAAUACAACUCAUUUCCAUCGAGAUGAAAGUGUUGAUUAUUUUGACGGUGACGACGGCCAAACCACCUGGUAUCUGCCAUACACGACAAGGCAGCUACAGCGUUCCCCACACUGCCGCCUACCGUCUCUAGAGGAGUUUCGGGUCCGGGUACGAGAUGAAAAGGAACCUUUAAGACCUCUGCGAGCUUCCAGCAACACCAAAGCACAAUCGUUUUCUCGUCGAUUGAGAGUGAGCCGUGCAUCCGUGUCAUCAACUCGGAGCUCUAUGGCACCUAACAUUGCGGGGGGAGAUAAUUCUGACGACACAUCCCAACCCAACGCGCCAGCUCUCGGCAAAGGCGCGUUCUCUCCAUUAGUCAUGACCAUAGCAUCGUCGUCACUACCACCUUCAGCACCACCCCUCCACAGUAUCGAAAAACUGCAAGCGACAAUAGACACUCUGGAGGCUACCAAACGCCAGCAAUCGGCACGACUGGCCACUACGCUAGAAAUGAUCGCGCAAGAUCGAUGUGAGUGUCUUACCAACAAGUUCCGUAGCCUACGUGUGCGUUCUGAAGCUGUCGAGGAUCUAAAACGAAUGCGUGAACACUCUGAACGCAACCGUGAAGAGCGAGUGCUUGCAGUAGUGUCUAAGACUGCAGUCUGGUAUCCAGAAUUGCUACGCCGCCUGCUUGCUCGAGAAGGAACACCAAACGUUAACAGUGGGGUGCAAUUACCUCUCCAUGCCGCAGAGCUGUUUAUCGUUCAAGCAGUGCGGAGACUCACCAAUGACGGAUGUGAAUUUCAAUCAGCUCAGUUGUUUGAGGUCCUGUUACUCUUGCAUCGUGACGACUUGGAAUUACUCCAAGUGCAACAACUUCUCGAGUACCUUCGCAACGCAUUGCAUAUUAACCAUGAAGAGUGGAUACAAUACUUUGCCGAACAUGGACUCCCAGAACCUACUGACAUUUUUGCCGACGAUCGCAAGGAUCCGCAAAACUCUGCCGACGGAAAAACUUCCUUCACAGCAGCAAGCACGGUACGAGUAGCUGCAUCGAUGGGUAAAUGUAGGCAAAUCCAAUCACGACGCAGAUAACUCGAGCGUAACGGCUAGUGUUUCUGCUUGUUAGUUCCGGACUGGGAUCACAUUCUUGUCCGCAGACCUGCUGGGACACUCUGCAUGUUGCUUCCGCUUCAGUUCUUCUAAUUGUCGCCUUUUGGUUGUCUCG